CUCUCUCUCUCUCUCUCUCUCUCUCUCUCUCUCUCUCUCUCUCUGCUUUUGGUUGUUUUAGGGCAAAACCAUGUUUCAGAGAUCUGAUAUUGUUCUCAUAGUUCUUAUUUCAUGUUCUCCCCUCUUUGGCUCGUCAUCUGCUCUCAAGGAAGGAGAAACAUGUAUAGCCAAUAAAAACUGCGACGCGGGAUUACUCUGCGAGACAUGUCUUGCUAAUGAAAACUUUCGUCCAAGAUGCAUCAGAAUGCAACCUAUUGAUCCUUUCUCCAAGGUACGUGAUUUGCCAUUCAACAAGUACUCUUGGUUAACAACGCACAACUCGUUUGCUCGUUUGGGUGCAAAAUCAGCCACAGGUUCUGUUAUUCUUGCUCCUACGAAUCAACAAGAUUCAGUCACAAGCCAACUUAUUAAUGGUGUUAGAGGCUUUAUGCUGGAUAUGUACGAUUUCCGAAACGAUGUAUGGUUGUGCCAUUCGUACGGAGGAAAUUGCUACGAUUUCACUGCCUUUCAACCUGCGAUAAACAUUCUGAGAGAAUUCCAAGUAUUUCUAGAGCAGAACACGGAGGAGAUCGUGACGAUCAUCAUCGAAGAUUAUGUGAAAUCGCACAACGGUCUCACGAGAUUGUUCAACGAAGCUGGGCUAAGGAAGUUCAUGUUUCCGGUGACAAGAAUGCCAUUGAACGGCGAAGAUUGGCCAACGGUCGAUGACAUGAUUCGCCGAAACCAAAGGCUAGUGGUUUUUACAUCAGAUUCUCGUAAGGAAUCCACGGAAGGAAUCGCAUUUCAAUGGAAAUAUAUGGUCGAGAAUCAUUAUGGAAACGAGGGGAUGAGGCCUGGAGUGUGCACAAACAGGCCACAGUCACUACCAAUGAACACAAAAACAAAAUCGCUUGUUCUUGUCAACCAUUUCCCGGACGCUCCAGACUUGCUCACAGCUUGCAAAGACAACUCGGCUUCUCUCAUGGACACUGUCAAUACAUGCUUUGAAGCCUCCGCACAACGUUGGCCUAACUUCAUAGCCGUCGAUUUUUACAAGAGAAGUGAUGGAGGAGGAGCGCCACAAGCAGUGGAUGUUGCAAAUGGUCAUCUUGUAUGUGGCUGUAACAAUAUUGUUGCGUGCAAGGAGAACAUGACAAAGGGAACAUGUUGGAAACAAGAGGCAACACAACAAAGUGCACUUGUCACGAUUGCAAAACUAACUGCGGAAGCUUCAGAUAGCUUUGUGUCUACCAAACUUUGGAUCUCAGUGUUUGUUGUACCUUUUGUUACACUUCUUAACUUAGUUUGAAUCUCUCGUUCUCCGUAUACAUACGAUUCCACAAACAUACAUACGUGGUCGUUGAUGCCGCA